AACACACUCCAAAUCCCUCUCUUUCAUACUUGCAUUAGUAGUUGUGAAAUCCAUUUGUCUCAAACCAUGGAAGCCAUCGUUGCACUUGCUUUCGCCUUUCUCGUGUUUCCAUUUUCAUCUCCCGCCCAGGCACUGAGCUCAAACUGCUAUGAUCACACGUGCCCUCAGCUCGAGUCUAUCGUUAGCAGUGCAGUCCAGAAAGCGAUGUCGAAUGACAAAACCGUUCCCACCGCGCUACUCCGGAUGCACUUUCAUGAUUGCUUUAUCAGAGGCUGCGAUGCUUCUGUGUUGCUGAACUCGAAAGGGAAGAACAAGGCAGAGAAAGAUGGACCACCUAACAUUUCAUUGCAUGCAUUUUAUGUGAUUGACAAUGCGAAAAAAGCGUUGGAAUCUAAAUGUCCGGGCAUCGUGUCUUGUGCUGAUAUCUUGGCCCUGGCGGCCAGAGACGCGGUUGCUAUGUCUGGCGGUCCCAGUUGGGAGGUGCCCAAAGGAAGGAAGGAUGGAAGAAUAUCUUUGGCAAGCGAGACCAGGCAGUUACCAGCUCCCACUUUUAAUAUAUCACAGCUAAAACAGAACUUUGCUCAGAGAGGUCUCUCCAUUAAAGAUCUAGUUGCUCUCUCAGGUGGACACACUCUGGGGUUUUCCCACUGCUCUUCCUUCCAGAACAGGAUCCACAAUUUCAACGCCACCCUCGACGUGGAUCCGACCAUGAAUCCAUCAUUUGCCUCCAAGUUAAGGAGCGUGUGUCCGGCACACAACAAGGUGAAAAACGCAGGUUCCCCCCUGGAUUCAUCCAACUUAAUAUUUGACAACGCAUACUACAAGCUGCUUCUUCAAGGGAACAGUAUCUUCUCUUCGGAUCAAGCUUUGCUCACCACCCCAAAAACCAAGGCACUCGUCUCUAAAUUUGCAAACUCACAAAAGGCAUUUGAGAAGGCUUUCGUGGAGUCCAUGAUCAAAAUGAGUAGCCUCGCCGGCGGGCAAGAGAUCAGGCUAGACUGCAGAGUAGUCAGGUGAAUUUUGAAGCCAAUUUGGAGUUUAAACCCAGGCAUGAAGGAAUUUAUAAGAGUGUGAUCAAUCAAGCCAAUAAAUUUGAAAAACAUGUCUAGUGUUUGUUUUGUGGUUCGCAUACCGUCGAAGAGAACCGGUAGGAACACGUAAUUUGCAUUUCAAAUUUAUGUAUUUUGUUAUUUAAUGAUUAAUUUUCUUCUUUAUUUAAAAAAUAACAGCAAAGUUUUGAAAUUGAAUUGAGAUAA